UUUAAGUUCCGCGAUACCUUGACGUGACGUCAUUAACAAUCGACGGCAGGGUUGUUUUUGAACGGGAUGUUUCUGUUUUUAUAAAUAGUAUUUUUCAACAAUGAAUUUGAAGUGGGUUUGUUCACAUUCCUGAAUACUAUGGCAAGCCAACGAGCGCUACCUCAAAGCAAGGAGAGCCUUCUUCAGAACUACAACAAAAGACUGAAGGAUGAUAUUAGGUCCAUUCUAGACAACCUCACAGAAAUCAUCAAAACUGCAAAGGUAGAGGAUGAGACACAGGUCUCUCGGGCUACACAGGCUGAGCAGGACCAUUAUGAGAUGCAUGUCAGAGCAGCCAACAUAGUGCGUGCGGGCGAGUCCCUGAUGAAACUGGUGUCGGACUUGAAGCAGUUCUUGAUCCUCAACGACUUCCCGUCAGUCAAUGAGGCCAUCAGCCUGCAGAACCAGCAGCUGCGCUCGCUGCAGGAGGAAUGCGACAAGAAGCUCACCUCGCUCCGCGACGAGAUCGCCAUCGACCUGUACGAGUUAGAGGAAGAAUAUUACUCCUCCAGGUACAAGUAGGCUCAUACUGUACAGUCGUUGAUCAUUUGGCCUACUCCAUCAUGCCCUAUAGCCCCAACCUAGCCCCUACAUUAUAGCACCUAUACCCCUCACCGCCGUGCCUUAUGAAGGGUUGAUCUUACCCCACCACCUCAGUCAUAUCCAUUAGUUCGUUAUUGUCUUUGUGUGUUGAGUCAACUUCAUUAGAAUAUCUAAAUGCCCGGGUUCAAUAGAUGAUUGAUCUAUCUAUGGUCAAAAAUCAAUUGCAGUACAUUUAACGUGAGAAUCUCAUUUAGUUUAAAAUGAAAUGAAGUGCCUUGUUUGACAUGACAGUUUUUAUCCUCUUGUAUGAUAGAUUGUAGGUCUCUACAUGGUAAAUGUUACACUCAAUCAUAAGUGUGGAGUUUCUACAGUAUCUGGUUGCUAUAUUCUUCCUCAGUUCUUUGUAAAUGGAAGUGAUGAAUAAGAGAACAUGCAUAGAGAGGAGGAAAGGGAAAUGUCAGAAAAAUACAUGUUAAAUGCUUUGUAGCAUAUUUCUUGGACUCUUAUGAAGAACAAAAACUAUGAUACAAUCACAAAAUCACUGGAAGAUUAUUUAUAUUGUAGUUGUUCCUCCAUUAACAUGUCUUUAUAACCCCAAAUAUAAAUUAUGGAUGUAUAGGUCGAUUAACCAUUGUAUAAUCACACCAGCCAUUUGAAGCUUUCUAUGUUAUUAAUUUUCUAUAGAAUGUUUUUUUGACUGGAAAGUGCUAGACAUGUCUCAAAUCCAAUCUCUAUGAGGGUUCCAUAAACUUGUUUGAACAGAGUCCAGUAUCUCUACCGAUUCCAUCCCUAGCUAGCCGACGAGUUACCAAGCCAGUAACCGUGCAAACUGUGUUCACAAAGCAUACAUUGUUGCACGAACAUCAACUAUGGCAUUAAGUCUAUAUCAGUCACCCACCCUUAAACCCUUUUAAACUUUGAAAAAUAAACUAGAGACAAAA